AUGCAGAAUUCCCAUAGUAUAUUAAACUUAAUUUUAAUUGGCUUUCAUCACAGGAAGGGAUCUGUUGUUGAACUAGUUUAUCCUUCACUAACCAAUAAUGGUUCCGACCCAACUCAUCUUCCUCAUCAGUGGCGUCAUUUGCCUGCUCUAGCAAUAGCCGAUGGAGCACAUAAUUACACAAAAGAUUGCACAUAUUUCAGUUUGCCCUCAAUAGAGAAAAAAGACGACGCCGUUUUCGGUGUUGCCUGUUAUCGUCAAGCCGACUCAGCUUCAUAUGUGCAACCUAAUCCUGAAAUUACUCGAAACACUGUACAGAAAAGCUUGGUUGUACUAUCCAGAUUUCCACUUUUUAGUUUCAUUGCCCAUCAUCUUACAACAAUAAUUGAUAAUCUGUUCAAAAGCAAGGGUUUCACUCCAGAAAGUCUUCAGAACUCGUACGAACAAUUAAGUCAUCUUGUAGACAAUAUUCUUAAUGAUUAUGCUUCUUACCAAGAUGCUCUAUUUUAUAAUCUAAGUGCAUCUAAUUUUAUUCGCGUGUACAAACGUGACGCAUUAUGUCUAUUCAAAUUGCUUUUAUUGGAAAGACGUAUUCUAUUUACGGGUGAUUCUGGCGGAACUGUUUCAAAUUGGAUAUUAACUUUACUCAGUUUGUAUCCAGAAAUGUUACGUAUUGAAACUAGCUGUUGGUCCAAUAUCAGUGAUGAUCCCAGUACAAAUAGCUCUAAUUUCUACCGACAUUCAUUCGAAGAAUCAUUAAUUAAGGAAGAAAAUAAUCAUCUGAAUUCAUAUAUUGAUCCCAAGGACUCAGUCAGUAGAGAACGUUUGUCUACUUCGAACAUUGAAUCACAAGGAACUUAUAUGUCAUCUCUACGUGAUACAUUACAUACAGAAUUACAGCAACCUAUAAUGAUUGAGUCAGAUAAACAAUGUCAAACCAACAAUGUUCAAGAGAAAGUAACUAAUAAUUCAAUGUCACGAUUUUCAAUUUAUUCACCAUUUCCUACAGAUAACUGGGGAUUUCCGUUGUCUGUAUUUACUAAAUCUUAUUUAGCGCCUAUGUAUAUUCCCCUUGGUUUGAUGGAUGUUCUACUAGGACGUACUGGUCCUUCAAGUAUUAAUUUACCAACAUCUGGAAAUCAGAGUCUGACUUUAACCGAUCGAUCGGUACGUGGUUUUGUAGCUGGUGCAACCAAUCCUUUAUUACGAUCAAACAAACAGUUAACCGAAGUUUUUGUAUUAUCCUUAUCGCCUGUUAAGGAUAUUCCUGAAGAUUGCUUCCCAUAUUUGUCUGAACUAACCGGUGUAUUUCAAAAAUCUUCGGCUUCUAGAAUAGAAACUGAUCCUACAUCGAAUGUUUCACUGUCUGAUAAUUCAAUAAAGACUUCAUAUUGGAAUAAUGUCGAUAGUGACAAGAAUACUCAAAACACAGGAUUCAGAGUAACAAAUUCUUCACGACCAUUUUCUGUGCCGAAAAGAUCACAACCAAUCAUACAAAUAAAUUCAGAAAAUAUUACAAAUAAGUCUCCUGUCGAUCCACGUUCUAUGCCUGUCCCGUUAACUCGUGCAUUGCAACUAACUCGUACUGAUAGACUGUUUAUUGAUCAUUUGAUAAUGACUGUUAAUAUGUGGUAUGAUGCAAAAAUAGACUAUUAUCAACAAUUAUCUUCCAAGAAAGGUAGAUCAGUAAUAUCAUCUAGCUGUAAUGAAUCAGACCAGUUGGAUGCAGACACUUUAGAACAGCUUACAUUAAUUCAAAAAACAGUUUUACUGAGAUUUCCAAGUCAAACUAUCUUAGACGCUUGGAUAAGACAACAAUUUUUAAUUUAUUUAAAAGCAUUAUUAUUAUCUGCUCAAGGUUACAAUUCUCAUGCAUCCGACUUCCAACCAGCUUAUUUAACUUGUUUUCGAUUGACAAGGAAUUUUCUAAUUUGGCGUUAUCAAUUUAUGCCAAGUCAAUUAUUUUCUGUCUCUAUACCAGAACCAAUCACUCAGACUACUACUGAUAACAAUAAAUUAAUCAAUAAACUGACUGAUGAUUUGGACAUUCUAAAAUCCACUGAAUAUUCCAAUUUUCAGCACUCAUGUACAACUUCACCAGUCUCUGUUGCUGCUGUAAUCUCGCAACAUCCUGGACGUAAACUAACAGAACCUGAUGAUCGAAAUCAAAUCGCCGGUGGUUUUAAAAAAUUAGGUAACAUGGCUGCUGAUCAAGGUCGAAGAUUUGUCAGUCAAGGUGUGGCUAGUCUUGUGAAAUUGGGCAGUGAUUUCAAUUCAACAUUACGUUCAUCUUCAUCCGCAAAUUUUGUAUGGAAAUUAUCAGAUACUUUAAAAUCAGUUGUUUCAAAUUCCAUAUCAAUAAGUUCUUCUUCUAUUGUACCAUCUGAAAUUACAACAACCGAAAAUGAAUCAAUCUCUCCAGAAAUCAAUGUUCCAAAAGCCUAAAUAUGAAAUUAUAACACUUAUCUUUAUUGAUCAAUGUUGUUCACUGUUGCGUCUGUGAUACUUAUUGUGAUAUACAUAUUUAUUUCGCUUCACAGUAUAACUCUUUCUUUUUUCAUAUGUUUUAUAUCGAGUUUCUCUAAAUUUUAUCUUUUAUAAUCUCCCAAUUUUAUGCAUCAUUUUCUUUUUUAUGGUUGUAAAUGCAUUUGUAUAAACAUGAUUUUAUUAGUUGAUUCUUUUAUCUUCAG